GCCACCGUUGUGUUACACAAUGGCGUUUGCAGAAGAAGUGGCUGUCUUCACUGAGACUAACUUGGGAACUGGAAUCGUCAUGACGGUUCCUCUGGAUAUCACAGCGGCAGAUUUCAAGAGAAAACUCGAGAAGACACAUGCAAGUUGCUUAUCGAGCUUGGGGGAGAUACAAGUUCGUGGUCUGAUGGUUAAACGAAAGUCUCGCUUUUUUUACCUUGUUGAGUCGAUGCCUAUGAAGUACAUCUUCCGGGAUAACCAAAAGCCCUGGUUUAUCCAUGCAGAAGCUCGGGUUGUAAACGGAUCACAAGAGCCAAGCAUAUCUAACAGCAUUGAGAAGGCGCAAAUUAGACAAGGCAUCUCCAUAUCUAACAGCAUUGAAGGAGUCACUGCGCUGAUCCAACAAGGUGAAAACAAGAAGACAAACAAGUCUAGGGCGAAACCAAAUACAAAAAAUCUUGCUGCUGAGAGACAAACGUUUUUUGACAAGAGAGAGUUUCUUGGUCCUUCCACACCUGAACCUGAAACCAUAAGAUCGUCAUCAUCAAUAGCAAGUGCUGCUGAGAUGAAAAACACUGAAUGUUUCAACAGCUUCAUAGCAAAAACGCCGGAGAGGAAACGUGGAGACUCUGUGGAUGUAAACGAGAUGAUAGGCAAGAAAGUAACUGUGGCAGCAAACAACAUCAGAAUGCACGGAAAGAGUCAUAUUUCCUCUUCAUUGUCAUCAUCUAUAUUCAGAAGCAAGACUCUAGACGGUAAGACAGUCAGUUCUGCUACAAAAUUUCUGGUGUUUGAGGUACCUGACUACGAGGAUUGAGUCUUUUAUUUUUUUUAAUAAGCUCACCCUUAAUGCCUCAUUGCACUAGAAGUAGCUUUGUGUAGAUGUGCAAGUGAUGAUGAUUCUUUUUGACAAAUAGUUUGUAAAUAAAUUAGUAAGUUUUUUGUGAUUCUGUCUCAAAAUAUAUUGUAAGUCAUGAGGGAAGAAAUCAA